AAAACAUAAUGCAGUGCACUCAUCAUAUUAAUAAACCAAUUGUUUCGAUAUGUGUUGCUCCACACAAAUGCCAAUACUAAAGGAAACUUUGCGCUGUAUGCCAAUAUGAACAUGGAGUGGAUAUUGAUUAGAGCGUUCCAAUCUAAAUAUUUUAAGAAAUGGUGCUAAAAAAAUUGCAAGAUUUUAAGCUUGACCAGUCAUAUGAAUUAACCCAACAGAAAAUGUCUUUUAAAACUGUGCUAUCUGACACUGAAAGGAUGAUGAAGAAAAUUUGGUAAGAUUUAUCUGAAUCAAUCAAAAAAAUGUAUGAGUAAAUUGAAUUGGAAAACUAAUCAUACACAAAUCUUAUCAGUGUAAAUACCAAUUUAUCAGAAUCCUCUUCUACUGAUUUAGAAAAAUUAGUCUCCAUUGUAGAAGGGAAAUCAAUAAAUGAUUGGAAUUGUUAAAAAUAUUCCUAUUUGAAGUUAUUAGAAAAGAUAAAGAAUGGGUGGGACAAUGGAAUAUAGGCUUUUAUCUAAAAUUCAAAUGAAGUAUUAAAAAAAUUGCAGUUUAUUCAGUAAGAAGUAUAAAUUAUUCUAGGAUGGAAUUGAAUCUAGUUGAAGGUGAAGAAUAUUAAAGGAAAGAAGAUCUUUAUGAAAUUCUAGCCUCUGUUUAGGAUAUUGAUGAAUAAAUAUAUAAAGGGAUUAUUGAUGAGCAGAGAAAAGAGAAGAUUUCAGAUAUCAUUUUAUCUAUUUCAAAGCAAGUCAAUCUUAAGUAAUAUGAAUCAUUUGUCAAUGAAUAUGCGACAACUAGUGAUAUUAAAAAGAAAAUUAAAAAGAUCAUUAAUGCUUUGAGAAACAUUUUAGAUCAUCCCUUUAACAAAAAUGAUUAUAGUUAAAAAGGCUGUGAAAAAGAAAGACUCAAUGUGAUUAAGAAGAUCUCAGGAAAUAAGACAAUAAUAGAUUUUCUUAAAUUCUUAGUACAACUAACUAGUAUUGAUGAAAAAUUUAUUCGAUGUGGGUCAAAUGGACUAAGUCUAUUAGUGGAGAUGAAGGUUGAUCUAACCAAUCAAAGCUUUGAGGAUAUUAGAAUAAAGAAUACAUCUUUGAUAGGAAGGAUAAUAAAAAGCCAAAUUAGAUGGUCAUUCUUGAACUGUCCAUUCUGUAUGCUUCUCACCUGAU